CGUUAUGGCGGGCACCGAGCGAGUGUGCCUGCGGCCUGAUUUUUGGGGUUCCGUUUAUCUCAGCAAUUCAUUUUGUACACAUGAAGAGAACAUAGACUUGGCAGUACCUCAAAAAGCUGACGAAGAAGAAAUGACAGGAGUGGUGUUCUGUUUUGUAUUUAUGCUGAUCAUGUUGGUCAGCGCCCUAACUGUGAUCCUACUGGCUCUGUUGAACGAUAGAUGGGAUGGUCAGGAUUCGGACGAAAAGCGACGUUGUGGCUUGGACUCGUACCAAUUCGGAUACUCGCCAGAUUUAGCGGAUUUGGUGGACAAGAGAAAAAGAUACGCUAGCAGAUCUAGUCUCAAUAGAGUUGGGAUGUCAAGAAGUGACCGACUGGGAUCCAGUAGUGGAAUAUCUACAUUAGACCUUCUGGGACAACACAAAGUGCGAUGUGCCAAUGAUCUCCUCAGUUCCAGGCGGCCCAACUACCGCAGAGUGGCUUAUGCCAGUGCAUUUGGGGUGCCGGAAGGACUGCCUAAACGGGUGCUGAAGAAGCGAGUAGUAUAUACAGAGGAGUUGUGCGAGAAGUGUCUCGUUUAUUCCAAAGAAGAAAGUUGCAUGCAUGACAUGUGCUAUAAAUGCUGCUACCAAUGUCCCUCUCUCUACCUGGGCUACCGUGUGAACAAACAAUACCCAUCAUCCCAAUCUCCACUGGAACAAGGAUCGUCUUCAGUUGGAGAGGGGUCAACUUCUGGGUGCAGAGAUGCUCUGCGGGCUGGUCAGACUUGUGUAGAUCGGGUGGAUCUCAGUGAGAAGUGUCUGGUCCAAUUCCCACACAAGCUGUUUAUUCUGGGCCACUCGUGUCUCACUGUACUUAAUCUAGCAGACAACCAAUUGACAACUUUGCCAGACAGCUUCGAACUUCUGAGCAACCUGGAAGAAGUGUACCUGCAGAACAAUCUCCUGCAGAAACUGCCUUCUAGUCUGUGUGAGAUCAAAACCCUCGUAGACUUAGACGUAGGCUGCAACGAACUGUACACUCUGCCGGAAAACAUGGGUUCUCUGUUCAGUCUGAAGUACCUGGAUCUGAGUGAUAACAACAUAGGAUGGCUGCCGGUGUCUGUGUGCAAUCUCAGUUCCCUCUACCUGCUGGAUCUGAAUGGAAACUACCUCAGUAGACUCCCUCCCGCAAUCGGAAGUCUACGCGCUCUCAGGGUUUUGUCGGUGUCUCAGAAUAAACUGCGCUGUCUGCCUUGUUCGAUUGGUGGCUGUAUCAACUUGGAGACAAUUGAUUGUGCGAACAACCUUAUAGAGACGCUUCCGAUUGAGAUGUUCGCGUGUCAUUCUUUGGCUAAGUUUAACCUCGAUAACAACCGGCUGCUGAGGGUUCCGUGGCAAAUCAUGAACAUCAGUUCCAGCCUGCGGGAGUUGAAUUUGAAGAACAACAGACUGUGCACUUUGCCGACCUCUUUGUUCCAUCUCUGUCCUACUUUGGGCUCAUUCGAGAUACAGGGAAAUCCAUUUGUGCAAUUAGACGAAGCUGAUUACAAAUUAGACCAGAGAAGAACAAGCUUUAGUCAGUCUUCUUUGACUGGCAUUGAUUGGACAAGCGAGAGUCUAAGCAGUCGCGCUAGCAGCAGCAAUAGCCGAGUGGUUCCGUCUCUAGCCGAGUUAAGUGCUCGUUUCGUGUUGUUGUCUGGUGUGUCCUACUCCACGCUGGACAUGACACCCAACAUGUACAACAGACUGGCCUCGGCGGAGUACUGCCACAAUGCAUGUGGACAACUGACUGUGCUCCAGUUUACCACCAGAUUCAGCUCGAGAGUUGGCUUCGAUGUGGAAAAACGAGUCCCUUUCGAAGAAAGAUUAUGUCUACAGUGCUCACUGAGAUCAUCCGACAGUGAAAAUAAUAGUCAUACAUCUUCACAAUUGCAAUAAAACUCAAGUUAAACUACAGGCCUCAGUCAAUCAAUAUUCUGUGCAAAUAAUUUUAGUAAAUUUGAAUGUUAUAAAAAAUAGUUAGCUCGUUUGAAUGUUAAAUGUGCGUGAAAUGUAUGCUUUCGAGGUAAUUAAUUGAAAUUCUUCUGUUUGGCUGGACACGUAUUGAGCAAGAAUUUGUUCCGAAAUUUAUAUCUUCAAAGGUUUAUUAUAAAAAUUAUAUGUUACUACUUCAAACAGUGAAAUAAUCCUUAAUACAACAUUUUUAAACAUAAAA